AUGGAAAGUAGGAGGAGAUUGGGGAGGAGACGGAUGACACAUGUCACAGAGAUGAUACAAGGUCCAAUGUACGAUCUGGGAGCUUUAUGGUGCUCAUCAUGGGGGUCAGAAAAGAUUGAAUCGCAGUGGAAGGCUCCAACACCUCGGAUUAAUGAUCGACCAAAGCAGUCGCCAAUUUUACCAUCCUGGUUAUCCAAUCCGACUCCUAUGCCCGACCAACCAACAGAAAUUUCUACGGAGAUCACAAGCGUACAAGAAUCAACUGAGAACCUCUAUGACAUGCCACAGCAAGAAAGACAGAUCAAAGAUCAUUUUUAUGAUUUUGAAGUGUCAAUAGAAGCUCUUCGUCGAAAAUAUACCGAGAAGAAAAGGGGCCGGAAAGCCCAGAAGAAUAAAGGCCGACGUCAAGGAUUAGCUGGAUCUACUAAGGCGCUGAAGCUUUGCUUAUCUUUUGGGGAAAAACUCCAAGAGAGUCUUACCCUUGGGCUAGUUACUAGUGAUCUAUUAUCUGAGUCACUUCAAGCUGUUACAAACGUUUUCAUGGAAAUUGGUAGCGGUUAUUUCUCUGAAACUAAAAGCUCUGCCAAGGAGAGUCUUAAUAUGGAGGAUUGUUUUCGCGGGCUUCAUCCUGCCGUAAUUGAGCAAAUGCUUGCUUUUCACAAGUUAGUCUGGGCCGGCAUUGUAUCUUGUAAGGUUUUCGAGCCCGCCGAUUUUGAUUCCGGAGUUGUGGGAGAGUAUCUUCUUUUGCUGGCAACACUACCAAGCAUCAAAAAAACACAACUUUUGAUUUCUGAAGUCCUUCCUUCGCUGUCUACAGUUCAAGUCGAGAGUAACGUAGGCAAUAUUUUGUUCUUGCUAAAUAAAUGGUCAUUAAGUUGGCUCAAAAAACCUAAAAAUCCUCCAGACGCAACAAAGUUCUUGGCCAAGGCAGAGGCAUCUUUGAUAGCCUCGCAACGAAGCAUUAAUCAUAUUCAUGCAAUGAGUACUACCCUAGCUGCUCUAUCUAAAGAUGUGGCUUCUACUCUGGUCAGAUCUCAUUCGGAAGUAAUUUGCUCUGCAGCUUUCUGGAACCAAAGAAGUCUCACAGGGCCCAAAGACUAUCUUGCUCAAUCCCACAGGAUACGGUUCAACUGGCUUUCCGUAUUGUCCAAGUUAGAGAAUAUUGAUGAUUCAAUGUUUGCAGAAACAUUCAUAUCGUUGCAGCAGGAGGAUCACAGCCAGUUUAAUUUAGACACUAAGAAAUAUACAUUGACUUGGCGCCAAAUCUCUGAACUUGUUCUAAACCGUUGGACUAGUCAAGGCAUUUUGACAAAUGGCAACGUGAUCAUCAACACUUUUCAAAUGAAGUCCAUUCAUUCCCCCUUCUCUUUUGGAUGGCUUCUGUGGACUCUGGAAAAGUAUGGCCAGUUGAGUGAUGGGAUGAUUCGGAGUCUGUUGGACUUUCUCCUGGAUGUUAAAGGGUUCGGAUACAUACACGCAGUACUAAAGCAAUCGAAAAUGUUCAACAUCCGGGUCAAUACCAACGUCCUCGCAGGCCUUGUCAACAGCACGGCUUCCGUAGAUCUACAAGCGGCCUACAAUAUAUACAUGCAGCAUUGUGUAGGCCGAGUCGAACCUGAGGCUUGUGCUUAUUUAUUCGCUGCAAUGGUAUAUCACGGAAGCGAAGGAAUCUGGGCCGCAUUAGACGUACCCAUCUACGCCGCAAUGCCUAAGUGGAAAAGAGAAUCACCAUCGCACAAGAUUCUCUCACAAGCUCGAGUUGAACUGGUACACGAAUUGGCUAAAGCAUUCGCACAUCACAAGGUUAAAAAUCCAAGACAGGCUCUUCGUAAUGUUACACAAUGCUGGCAUUACCUUCGUGCACAUAAUGUUGAACCGACGUCGGAAAUAUCGAGGGCGGUUACACAGGUAGGUAUUAUUGCGGAUAUCAGGGAUGGCAAUUGGGGGAGAACGGAGAGAGUGAGAUGGGUUUUGGAGGUAAUUGAGAAGGCGGAGGGACGGGAGGUCGCGGAUGCGGUAAGGAGGGCUGUGGCUACAUGGAGGGAAAAAUUAAGAAUCAGACUUAAGCAGAAGAAGUAA